AUGGGGUCCCAGUGCUCGUGGGACAACUGCGCAGUGUGCCAACGCAGUAAGACGGCCCUGCUGGUGAUGCAUCCCAGAACAUCCAGUGAAUGUGUCAAAAUCUAUAUGGGAACCAGUUACAACAUGCUGAACUGGGUGCACAGUUUCUUCGGCAAGCAGGUCUCGUCGUAUUUCGGUCACAGCGUGGCUGCCACGGACAUCAACGGUGACGGGACAGAUGACAUUUUCAUUGGCGCCCCCCUCUUCAUGGACAGAAGGAAAGACAAGAAGCUCCACGAGGUGGGCCAGGUGUACCUUUACCUGCAGAAGGAGAACAAUGGCUUCUCUCAGAAACCCGACCAGAUCCUCACCGGCUGGGACCUGUAUGGCCGGUUUGGCAGCGCCAUCGCUCCACUUGGAGACAUAGAUCAGGAUGGCUAUGACGACAUAGCUGUGGGGGCACCUUUUUCUGGCGGAGAUGGCAGGGUGUAUAUUUUUAAUGGUCAGAGCGAUGGAGUGGACCCUCAGUACUCUCAGGUCUUGGAGAGCCCCUUCAGACGACUGCCUUCUGCUACGGGCUUUGGAUUUGCCCUGCGGGGCGGCUCGGACGUCGACUCCAACAGCUACCCAGACCUGAUAGUCGGCGCCUGGGGAGCCAGUAAAGUGGCGGUGUACAGGUCCAGGACGGUGCUUAGUGCCGAGGCGCACAUCGCUCUUCACCCGGACGUCAUAAACCCAGACGUGAAGACCUGUGCACAGCCGCACUCCUCUCAGCUGGUCUCCUGCUUUGACAUCACCGUGUGUAUCAGCUUGCAGGGAAAGAAAAUUCCACCCCGAAUCGUCUUGAAUGCCGAGCUACAGUUGGACCGCAUGAAGCAGAGGAUGAUGAGGAGGACACUGUUUGUGAGCUCACGCCAGUCCCAGGGCCACUUCCAGCUCACACUGGGGAGAGACAAGCCAUCCGUGUGCACAAACUUCAGCGCUUAUCUUCGGGAUGAGUCCGAGUUCAAAGACAAACUGAGCCCCAUUCUCGUCAGCCUCAGCUACUCUCUGGACAAUUCUUCAAGCACUGACCCUGAGGCCCCCCCGGCCUUCUUCCAAGGGCAGACCACCGCCCACAUACAGACCCGGAUCAUUCUGGACUGCGGCCCCGACAACGUUUGUGUGCCGGACCUGAAGCUGAGUGCGGAGAUCCAUAAGGAGUCCUUCUACAUCGGAGAUGAAGACCCAGUUCUGAUAACGGUGACCGCCAGGAACGAAGGGGAAGGGGCCUACGAGACAGAGUUGCACGUGCGUCCGCCGCCCCAGAUUCACUACCAAGGCGUGCUGAUGAACAGAGAGGGUUUCUCUAUGCCCAUCUGCUCGCAGCGGAAGGAGAAUGGGAGCACGGUAGUGGUCUGCGAGCUGAGUAACCCAAUGAAGCACAAUGAGCAGCUCCAUGCAGGCCUCUACUUCAGUGCUGGGAACCUGGAGCAAGCUGAGGGCAGUGUGGUGUUCGAACUGCAGCUGAGAAGUAAGAACAGCCACAAUCCCAACAGUGAGGCCGUGCAGCUGAAGGUCAAAGUGAGCGCAGCGGCAGUGGUGACAGUGCGCGGGAGCUCCUCUCCUGUCGAGUACGUCCUGCCGAUCGUAAACUGGCAGCCGAAGCCUCACCCGGCCACUCUGGAGGACAUCGGACCACCGGUGGAGCACGUCUACGAGCUCCAUAAUUUGGGCCCAGGUACCGUCAAUGGCAAGCUUUCUUUGGAAUUUCCUAGCCGUUCCCAUGGCAACUUCCUGCUGUAUGUCUUUGCCAACGCUUCAGAGGAGAACUUCAGAUGUUUGACCGACUCCCCCGAUGUCGACGUUUAUAAAGUAGCUAAGCCUCUGACCUCCCAGAAUGACUCGAGUGACGACAAACCCCACCUGAUCAAUAAGAGGGAGGUCCAAGAGACACAGUCGCUGACUCAAGGGCCUACUGUUGUGAACUGCACGACCACAAAUUGCAUGAGAUUCAUCUGUGUAAUGACCAACUUGGAGAAGGGCCGAAGUGCUGUGGUCAAAGUCCUUUCUCGACUCUGGGUCCAGAGCUUCUUGGAAAGACCCUUUGAAGAUUACAUCCUUCAGUCCAAGGCAGAAUACCGGGUGACCAGCAUGCCAUACAAAGUCCAGCCGACGGUGUUCCCCAGUGGGACAGCUGAGACCCAGACAGGAGUUGUGUGGGUCACCCCAGAUAAUGCCAAGGAGGUCCCUGUUUGGUGGAUAAUCGUAGCUGUCAUCGGCGGCCUGAUCUUGCUGGCCCUUUUGAUUUACAUCUUUUGGAAGGUUGGAUUUUUCAAGAGAACUCGACCUCCACAGGACGACAAUGAAGAGCUCUCCCCGGACGACACCGCUAACUCUGUGUAUGCUGAUAUGCAAAGUAAAACGGACUGAAAACGCCGACAUUGCAGCAGCUCUGGGGACUGCCAUGAGCUUCAGUCUUUCACUGGGAUUUACGAAACUACAUUUUCUUUCAUUUGUAUCAUCUGCUUUUUAGUCAAAGUUUACAAAUUUCAUCACCUCUGUCCAUUUCAGCAUGAAACUGUUCUCAAAGAUAAGCCCGGAUGGAGGACACCUGGACCUGGUGCCUUCCCAUUGUAUAAUAUUUCCCUCCUCCAUUAUGAAGAUCCCAAGUUAUGUGCCAGGCGUGUGACUCCUUGAGUCCAGUGAGCCAAGUUUUAUUAAAUAUUUCAGUUUUGAAUGCUGUUUCUUUCUAUUUUUGUAUUUUCACCUGCCUUUGCUGAAAUAAGUAAUAAACAAAAUAAUUUUGACGCUUACAUCUGCUUUGCAACUUUGUUUUAUUUCUAUUGGAUCCUCUUUUCCAUUUCCUGAUGACUGUUCCUAUCUUGCUUUAAUAAUAAUAAUAAUAAUAAUUCUUUACGUUUAUAUAGGACUUCUCACUACUUAAAGUGCUUUACAUGGUGAGUGGGGAGCCACUUCAACCACCUCCAAUGUGUAACACCCACCUGGAGGAGGCAACGGCAGCCAUGUUUGCGCCAGAAUGCUCAGCACAUGUGAGCUGUUAGGUAGUGAAGUGGCGAGAGAGACAGAGAGAGACAGGGGAUGAUUAGGGGGCCAGAAUGAUGGGAGCAGUUUAGCCAGGAUAUCGGGAUACGCCCUGCUGGCUUUCCUGUCUUCCUUGGAUUUUGACCUCUUCCUGCAAUCCGAUGCCGGCUCUCCUCCACAUGCGGUUCUUCCUACAUUUUCUUCUGCUGCAUCAGAUUAGUGCAGCAGGACCCACACAGUCAGCGCUGUGCAAGUUCACACCUCACAAGAACGAGCUCAAAGUUCAGUUCACACCGAUUAAAAGGAAUACAUUCACGUUCAUAGCUCACCAUUUUAAUUUUGAACUUGUUCAUUUUCAGUUCAUUUUGUAUUUUUAAGGAGUGAAGAAUAAAUGACCCAGGAGUUUACUUUUAUCAAUUUUGCAUGUCUGGAGUUUUUUUUGUUUUUUUUUGUCCACCCU